GUUUUUCCAGUGUCCUCUUGACUACCUGUGUGGAGGUCUGUGCGUGCCGAACGCGACCAUGAGCCAAAACUCCGUUCACUGGUUCCGCAAAGGACUGCGUUUACAUGAUAACCCUGCUCUGAUCGCUGCCCUGAAAGACUGUAGACACAUCUACCCCCUGUUCCUGCUGGACCCCUGGUACUCCACUAACACUCACAUCGGCAUCAAUCGAUGGAGAUUUCUGAUGGAAGCUCUCAAAGACCUGGACUCCAGUCUGAAGAAACUCAACUCCAGGCUGUUUGUUGUCAGUGGGCCGCCCACAGAGGUCCUUCCAAAGCUCUUUGAGAAAUGGAAGAUCACUCGGUUGACUUUUGAGGUUGAUACGGAGCCGUACAGUCAGAGCAGAGAUAAGGAAGUCAUGAAGUUGGCCAAGGCAUAUGGCGUGGAAGUUAUUCCAAAGAUUUCUCACACUCUCCACAACAUUGACAGAAUUAUCGACGAGAACAACGGCAAGACUCCCCUGACUUACGUUCGCUUCCAGAGUGUGCUGAAAGCCAUCGGACCCCCUAAAAAACCUGUUCCUGCUCCAACCAAAGAGGACAUGAAAGGUGUGUCCACUCCAUUUUCUGAGGACCAUGAAGAGAAGUUUGGAAUUCCAACGCUUGAAGAUCUUGGAUUGGAUACAUCAUCCUCAGGACCAGAUCUGUUCCCGGGGGGUGAACAGGAAGCUCUGCGCAGGCUGGAGGAGCACAUGCAGAGAAUGGGGUGGGUGUGCAAGUUUGAAAAACCACAGACGUCCCCCAACGCCUUGAUCCCCAGCACCACCGUCCUGAGCCCCUAUGUCCGGUUCGGCUGCCUGUCUGCGCGCACCUUCUGGUGGAGGCUCUCAGACGUGUACAGAGGGAAGAAGCACUCUGAACCUCCGGUUUCCCUGCAUGGCCAGCUGCUGUGGAGAGAGUUUUUCUACACGACUGCCGUCGGGAUCCCAAACUUCAACAGAAUGGAAGGAAACCCUCACUGUGUGCAGGUGGACUGGGAAAACAAUCCUGAGCACCUCGCUGCAUGGAGGGAGGCCCGGACCGGUUUCCCGUUCAUUGAUGCCAUCAUGACACAGUUACGUCAGGAGGGCUGGAUCCAUCAUCUGGCCCGGCAUGCGGUCGCCUGUUUCCUGACCCGAGGAGACUUGUGGAUAAGCUGGGAGGAGGGCCAAAAGGUGUUUGAGGAGUUGCUGCUGGAUGCUGAUUGGUCGUUAAAUGCAGGAAACUGGCAGUGGCUCUCUGCCAGCGCGUUCUUCCAUCAGUACUUCAGGGUUUACUCUCCCAUCGCCUUUGGCAAGAAAACAGACAAAAAUGGGGAUUACAUCAAGAAAUACCUUCCGCUGCUGAAGAAAUUCCCUGCUGAGUACAUAUAUGAACCCUGGAAAGCUCCUCGGAGCAUUCAGGAGAGAGCAGGGUGCAUUGUGGGAAAAGAUUACCCUCGUCCUAUUGUGGAGCAUGAAGUUGUCCAUAAAAAGAAUAUUCAGAGAAUGAAAGCAGCUUAUGCAAAGCGCUCUCCAGAGGACAAACCCAUCACUAAAGGUGUAAAACGCAAAGCGACACCUAUCAUUGAGAUGCUUGAGAAGAAGGCAAAGAGAUAAAGCUGGACUCUCUCAUCUUGAAUAUUGAUAUACUGUGUUCCUCUAUGGGUCAAUUAUGGUUCUUUAUACCGUUUAUAACUUUGAUACAUAUGUGAUGCAAAAUUUUAAAAGAUUGUUUAGCUGUCAUGCUUCUUACACUAAAGAAACAUGUUCAUUUUUGCAUGCUAUAAAUGUGCACUUUAAA